AUGGGGCUUGCGUAUGGCGUUGUGUGCAGUGCCGUCUCUGGGUUGGGAGAGGAACAGAGGAAGAGAAAGAGUCAGUGCGUUGAGCGUGUGCGUCACAAGAUAAUGGAAGGUGACCGGAAGCGGUUCAAGCCGCGCCUUGAGCGGCGGAACGCCAUGAAGAACAUCGAUUACCCGGUGAAGGAGGAUGAAGACACUGAUAUCGACAUAGACAUAGGUCGUUUGAAUCAAAGGAGUUUCCGAGUGAAAGGAAUCGACGGCGAAUUCGACCGAAUCUUUCGGAGCCUGGGCCUGUCUGGGCCUGAGGACUUUGCCAUCCCAGCUGCGGCUUGGGAAGAGGCCCAGGCCCUUAAGGCCCGCAGCACCGUCAACCUUCAACUCGAACCGUUACAAAGUAAAAAACAGAGAGAGGAGGGAAUAAAGGGCGUUAGGCCUCCCGUUUUGGAACCGCCGCAGGUUGCCUCUGCUUGGAACUCCCAGCAACACGCGGAGAGGGACCCACUUUCUUAUUCCGUAUCACGUGACGAUGAUAUUGACGUUGUUGUUGAAGCUGAAAUUGAAGAGGUUUCUGCUUUGGUUGAGAACGACUCGUUUGAUAUUCAUAAUCUUUCGCCGAAUGGAAACGGGUAUUUCCAGUCGUGGCAAAAGGGCGAGAUCUUGGGACGGGGCUCCUUCGGAACUGUUUACGAAGGCUUCACCCAUGAUGGGAACUUUUUUGCUGUAAAGGAGGUGUCUUUACUGGACGACGGAAGCCAGGGCAAACAAAGUAUUUUCCAACUUCAGCAGGAAAUCUCUCUUUUGAGUCAGUUCCGACACGACAACAUUGUUCGAUAUCUUGGCACUGACAAGGAUAAUGAUAAACUGUAUAUCUUCCUUGAGCUUGUAACAAAAGGAUCAUUGGCAAGUCUCUAUCAAAAAUAUCGUUUAGGGGACUCUCAAGUUUCUGCAUACACAAGACAGAUUUUGAGUGGCUUGAAGUAUCUUCAUGAUCGUAAUGUGGUUCACAGGGACAUCAAGUGUGCCAAUAUAUUGGUUGAUGCAAAUGGGUCCGUCAAGCUUGCAGAUUUUGGAUUGGCGAAGGCAACCAAGUUGAAUGAUGUUAAAUCAAGUAAAGGCUCCCCGUACUGGAUGGCCCCUGAGGUUGUUAACUUGAGAAACCGUGGAUACGGACUUGCGGCCGACAUAUGGAGCUUAGGAUGUACAGUCUUAGAGAUGUUGACAAGACAACCUCCUUACUCUCAUUUGGAAGGAAUGCAAGCACUAUUUCGAAUUGGCAGCGGUCAACCUCCACCUGUUCCAGAAUCUUUGUCAAGAGAUGCCCGAGAUUUCAUUCUUAAAUGCUUACAAGUUAACCCAAACAAACGGCCAACUGCUGCUCGACUAUUGGAACAUCCAUUUGUAAAGAGACCACUUUUAUCUCCCAUAAGUCCUGUUUCUCCGAGUAUUAAUCUUUUACUGUCUUAA